CUGGACCAUCCUUCUAACAAUUUCUGGUUUUUGGCGCCAAAGUUGUUAAACUCCCGCCAUUAAGAAAUUGGCCGUCCCAAACAAAUAAUAUAAAAAAGGAAUACAAAGGGAAGUUCAAAGGUGAACAAAAUGGGGCGAAAAACAGAGUACUGGUUAUUAAAAACAGAGCCAGGAGAGUGGUCAUGGGAGGACCAAGAAGCUAAUGGCGGCAUUUCAAAAUGGGAUGGAGUCAAAAACAAGCAAGCCCAGAAGUAUCUAAAGUCCAUGAACAUAGGAGAUCUCUGUUUCUUCUACCACUCUGGCUCCAAAGCCCGGCGCAUAGUUGGUGUUGUUUCAGUGACGCGUGAAUGGUACACAGAUAAUGAUGGUGGUGCGGUGGAUGUCAAGGCGGUUGGUGUGAUGAGGAGGGUUGUGGACCUUGCGGAGAUGAAAAAGGAUGAAGGGUUGAAGGGUUUUGUGCUUUUUAAACAGACUAGAUUGUCUGUUGUGCCGGUGGAAAAGGGGUUUUGGGAUAAGAUUUGUGAAAUUGGUGGGGGAUUUGAAUAGUUUUGUAAGUAAGGUGUUUGCGUUUUUGUUUAACAGAAAAGCUUAUCUUUACUCUUAUGGAGUUUUGGGUUGUUUGUGCGCUAGCUUGUUGAUAAUGGUUAUGUAAAGCUUUCAAUUUGUUCGAGUAAUGGUAGUAUUAUAUAAUCACUUGCAUCUGUUCUGAUAUUGCCAAAA